AUGGCAUCGAGCUGGCCCCAGCGCCGAGCGCAAGGGGAUCUCGAGUCCCAUCCCAACGAGUAUCCUGAGCGGGAGAAUGCCUUGAAGCUAAGGUGGAUUGCAAGCUUGAUCGAGUCUUUCGUAUAUAUACACUCCUGCAAAGUCUUCGUGGAUGACGUUGCUCUCCGCAAUAUCUUGGUUCUGAACGAGGAGCUCAAAGCAGCCGACUUUGGACAGUCAAUCCUGCUACCCCGCGACGCUGAUAUGGGUUCGAUCACGGAAAAUGAUCUGAAUGCCAAGAUCGAGAUCCUCCAUCUGGGUUGGGUUAUCUACUCCAUCGCGGCCUGGCAGGUUCAUAAAUACUAUUUCUGCAGUGCCGAGAACCCAGAGCUCUGUUGGCCUGCCUCCUUUCCAGAUGUUGAGGGUGUGCUAUGUGGAUCGAUCAUUGCGAAGUGUUGGCAGGGAAAGUAUUCAAGUAUGGACCAGCUGAAGGACGAGGCUCACCUUUUGCUCGCGGGUUAUUAA